AUCGGUCCCCGCAGACGGCGCGUAUCCACAACAGAAGGCUUGUGGGUGUAGCUCUCUAAUCACUUGAGCUUGAUUCGCCGUUAAGCGGUUGUCAUUUUCGCCGGCAGCGUCAAGCAGCCCUGGCCGGGGACUCGACCCGAGCCACCAUGGGAUGAGAUGAACCCCUCUUCGCUCCUCAGCCAGUCCACCCCCCAGCUCCCCGGGGGGCUGUGCGGCCUGGGGACCCCCGCCCUGGGUGUGUCCGCCCUGGGCGCGUCCGCUGGGCCGGGGGUGUCGGAGAUGGAGCUCCAGAAGCUGCUCAUCGAUGAGAGGAUGAGGUGUGAGAACCACAAGAUGAACUACCAGACGCUGAAGGCAGAGCACACCAGGCUGCAGGAGGAGUUGUCGCGGGCCCAGGCGGAGGUAAGGGAGCUGCAGGGGGAGAGGACGGCCCGGCAGGAGAAGCUGCAGCUGCAGCUGGCCGAGCUGAGGGGAGAGCUGCUGGACAAGACCCGCGCUCUGGAGGAGAGCCGGCUGCAGGUGAUGACCCCCCAGAGGCUGGACCUGCUGCGGGCUCAGCUGCAUCAGGAGAUGGAGGCGCCCGUCAGAGAGCGCUUCAACAAGCUGGAGGAGGAGGCGGAGCGGUACCGGUCGGAGUACAACAAGCUGCGCUACACCUACACCCUCCUCAAGGCCCAGGCGGAGCACCAGCAGCAGGAGAGCGCACGCACGCUGGAGGAGAGGAACAUGCACUUUGAGGCCCAGCUGUCCCACCUGGAGCGGGAGAAGGACGACCUGGUGGCCCAGCACCGGGGCUCGGACCCCAGCCGCGACGGCCGCCGCGUGGAGGUGCUGCUCCGGGAGAAGGCCCAGCUCCACCUGCGGCUCAAGAGCAUGGAGGCGGAGGUGGCGGAGCUCCGCGCCCAGCGGGACAACUCGGGCCAGCAGGCGGACAACGUGCAGCGCAUCCAGGUCCGGCAGCUGGCCGAGUCCCAGGCUGCCCUCAAGUCCCUGGAGGCGGAGCGUCAGUCGGUGCGGUCGCAGCUCGAGCGCGUGGAGAGCGAGAUGCGACUCGCUUACGAGCAGAACUCAACGCUGACGGGACGACUGCACAAGGCAGAGAGGGAGGUCAGCAGCCUCACCGACCAGGUGGAGGGCCUGAAGCACUCCCACAAGCUGGACCUGAACAACGUUAGGCUGGAGUGUGCCCGCAGCAAGGGGGAGCUGGAGAGGGAGAGGAACGCCCUGCAGGGCCAGAUGGAUGCUCUGCAGACAGACGUGGAGGUGCUGAGGGCCUGCGGGGAGAGGCAGAAGGAGGUGCUGGUGGAGAAGGAGAGGGAGAUGGUGCGGCGGGUGCAGGCUGCCCGAGAGGACGAGCUCCACAAGAUGGCCAUCCUGCACGAGGAGAAGCUGGAGGUGGAGAACCGCCUGUCAGAGCUGGAGCAGCAGAGGGCGCUGCAGGACACCGCUGGCCACGCCCACCGCGAGGAGUGGGAGGAGCGUCUCCGUGGCGCCCAGCUGGGGGAGGAGUCGGCUCGCAAAGAACUACAAAACCUCAGGACCAAGCUGCUCCAGCAGACCGCCCACCUGGAAGAGCUGGAGAGGAGGAAGGAGGAGCUGGGCGACCUCCGACGGCAGAACCAGGAGCUGGGGGUGCGGAUGGGGACCCUGGUGCACACAGAGGGGGGGCUGCAGGCCUCCAACCAGCGCCUCAAAGACGCCCAGGACAUCCUCCGGGAGGAGCUGAGGGCCGCCCGCGCCCAGGCGGAGAGGAGCCAGCACGACGCCGAGCGGGUUCUGGAGGAGCGGCAGGUCCAGUGGCUGGAGGAGAAGCACGGCCUGCAGGCGGAGCAGGACCUGCUGCAGCACAAGUACGGCCAGGCCAAGGAGCGGCUGCACCGUGCCGCCGGCGCCCAGAAGAAGCGGAAGGCGCAGACGGAGAACAAGGAGAAGCGGCUGCACAAUAAGAUCCAUCAGCUGGAGGCCAGGAUAGCAGAGCUGGAGCUGGAGAGCAGCACAGCCAAGAGGCGUCCCUCCCACUCUGAGGAACAAACCAAUCUCAACCGGCGGCUCAAGGAACUCCAGCGACGACACAGCGAGUUCCGCCACCUCCUAUUGGGCCACCAGGCUCCCACUGGCACAGGCCCCGCCUUCCUUCCCUCCUCGCUCUUCCCCCCGCCGCCCUCAGCCCAGGUCACGGAGGAGCACCACCUGCGGGAGGUGUCCCAGCUCUACCGCCGGCUGGAGGAGCUGGAGAGCGUCCAGCUCCACCAGAUGGAGGAGCUGGGGGCGACUGCUCAGAGGGACCAGGCCGUCUCCGGGCAGUGCUGACCGCUGACCCCCCUGUCGCCUGAAGCCCUUUGACGCCCGACCUCACCGCCUCAAGGCCACGCCCCCUGACCCCCCUCCCACACUUGACCGCUGCACCCUGUCGCCUGAAGCCCUUCGACGCUCGACCUCACCGCCUCAAGGCCACGCCCCUAACCCCCCCCCACACACACUUCUGACCUCUGACCAUGUCGCCUGAACCCCUGAACUUCUCCCCUUUGACUUUCGACCUCAACGCCUUAGGGCUAAACCCCCUGGACCCCCCCCCCCCUCCAUAUUCGACCUUUGACCUCUGGUACCCUGACCUCCAUGCCCACCGUCUCCUAACCUUGUGACCUCUCUGAACACCCACAUACAGAGAGUAUAACCAGCAUCAGUUUCAUUCUGAACCCCCAAAUCUUCCCCAGUAUAAAGAGACUCGUACCAGUACCACUGGCCUCAGGAUUAAUGGCAAUAGAUUAUGAAUUGAUGUUCUGGUUCAAAUGAAUCAAUGAGUUAAACAGUGUUACUGUAAAAAAAAAAAGAGACAAUAUUUCCAAUCCAAUAUUAUAUAUUGGAUUAUACAUCCAUGAUUUUUAAUGUUUUAUAUUGUCACACUCAGGUGCUAUCGUCGCAGUCGGAAAAGGUGUGAGACUCCGAGCCAGGGCUGCAGCUUAGCGCUCCACGUUGCACAUCGUCUUUAUACUUGACUAUUUUCUAGGUUGUUGUACAAAGAAAGUAGUUUGAGCCUGAAUAAAAAAAUAAUCAUUUCACUGA